AUGUCAUUUCAGAGGGCCCCCCCCCGCCGCUUCAACGACAGCUCCGUAUGUACCCCACUGCAACGAUCCCGUGAUGUUAAAUCUUCAGAUGCACUGAAAAGUUCUCUCUCCUCUGAAACGUGUCAACGGGUUAGGAAACAGAAGAGUGAGACAAAUCUGAACAGUGAGAAGAGUGCACCUACCCCUGUAACUGGAAGGAGACUCACAUCUCUCGGAUCAACACCAGCUAAUGGGACUCUGAAGCCUAAAAAAGAUCUUAUCCUUAUGAAAGAGAAAAAGAAGCAGAAGACGCUGGAGAAGGAGAUUCGUGCAUUAGUGAGAGAGCGUGGCGAGCAGGAUAAAAAACUUCAGGCUCUGGAUGAGGAUUUUGUUAAGAUUGAAGCAAAGCUGAGUGCUGCAGUUCAGGAGAAAACAUCUCUUUUGGCAAACGUUGCAUGCCUAAAAAAACAGCUUCUGGAACUAACAAGAACCAAUGAACUACUAAAGUCAAAGCUGUCUGAAGAUGGUGUGCAGAAGAAAAUGAGCAGCCUAUGCAUGGAGUUAAUGAAGCUCAGAAACAAGCGGGAUGCUAAGGAAAAGACGGCACUUGCGAAGCAGGAAGAUAUGGAAAUGAAGCUGCAGGAAGUGCAAAGGAAUCUAGAGCAUUCAAAAGGAAAAGUAGCACAGUUAGAAGAAAAACUGUCUGCUACUGAGAGAGAGAAAGUUGAAGAAAAGUCUGACACUGAAAAACUCCUGGAAUACAUCACAGAACUCAGUAGCGUUGCAGAAACAGUUGAGAAAUACAAACUAGACAUUGCCCAGAUGGAGGAGACGCUGAUAAAGAAAGACCAAGAUAUUGGGAUCCUGAGGGAUACCCUCAAAACAAAAGAGGAAGAAUCAUUUAAACUGAUACAAGAACUUAACGAAAGGUGUCAGUUGCUUCAACAAGAAAAAGAGAAAGAGCUGUCUGAGAGCAGAGGAAAAUUCCUGAGUAUGAAUGCUGAAAUAGAAGACCUGAAAAAAAAACUUGGUUUAGAAGAACAACACCACCAAAAACUGCUUCAGAAACAUGAGGAGAUGGUCUCUCAGCUGCAGCAAGAGAAGGAGUCAUCCGCAUCAAUGCAGCAGAAGUUACUGGAGUUGCAAGAUGAGGUAACAAGUGAGAGACACCUUCUUCAAGAAGAGCUGAAUGAUACAAUGACGGAGCUGAAUAAAUUACAUGCUAAGGAGAAGAAAGCUGGGAAGUUGGUGAAGCGCUUGGAACAAGAAAUCAAGUCUCAAGCUCUUGAACUUGCACAGAUGGAAGUAAAGCUGAAAGGGAAGAAUGCUGAGUUGGAGCAAAUCAAUGAAAUGCACAGCAAUGCUGUCUUGCAAAUCCAAGAGGAGCAUAGCAAUACGUUGUGUAAGCUUGGAAAGACUAUUGCUGAGUUUGAAAGCUACAAGAAGACAAUAGCUGAAGAAAUACGCAGUCUUAAACUGGAGAACACCUCUCUGCGAGAAGAAGUUGCCAACCUAAAAAAAAUAGGCCAAGAUAAUCUACAGCUGCUUCAGGAAGCAGAAUACACUAAAAACAAAGAAAAAGAAGAAUGUGCAAGGUUGCUUUUAGAAGUCCAGACAAAGCUUGCACUAAAAGAAGCAGAAACAGAGAGAACAAGAGAGUCUUGCCUUGCACGAAUGACUGAUCUUCAGGAGAAACUGGAAGAGCAAACUGAAGAUCUGAAAAGAAAACUCGAAGUGGAAAGAUCCAGGAAAACCAUGAAUGAAGAUGUGACCUCCAGCUUAAAAGAAGAGAUAAAGACCUGGCGUAAUCUAUAUGAAGAUUUACAUAACAAAGCUAAGCCUUUUCAGCAACAACUAGAUGCGUUUGAAGCAGAGAAGAACGCGCUUUUAAAUGAGCACGGUGCAGCCCAAGAAGAACUGAAUAAACUGAGUGAUGCGUAUGCUAAACUACUUGGCCACCAGAACCAGAAGCAAAAAAUCAAGCAUGUUAUGAAGUUGAAGGAAGAGAAUACUCACCUGAAGCAGGAUGUCUCAAAACUGCGUGCGUUGCUAGCAAAAGAAAAGCAAACCAACAGAGAUCUUCAGGAGCAACUACGUGCAAUUCAGGGCAUUAGGCGUUUUGAUCCUUCCAAAGCUUUCCAACACAAUAGCAAGGAAAACAUUCCUCCAAAAACUCCUUUUAAAGAAGGUAAUAAAAACAAAAUUUAA